UCAGGUCGGACGAACCAGUUUGAGCUAGGGACGUUUAAAGUGACUCCCGCCACAGUAACACUAAUCUUUUUUCAGUGAGGGAGGGAGUUGCGCUCUUAGGAUACAUUUUCAGGGUAACUUUGAACGCGCGUAAUGGCUGAGAAGAUGGACAUGGAGGAAGUGAAGGUGUCCAACGGCGAGCCUCUGGCGAACGGACUGGCCAACCCUAAGAGAGCCAACCCGGAGCCUCUCCCCCAGCGGGUGAAGAGGAUAGUGAUGGCUAACCUGCUGGUGAUUCUCACCGUGGCCGGGGUCAUCAUCGGGGUUUUCAUCGGACUCGGCGUGCGCAACGCGUCGCUCACCAGGACCCAGGUCAUCUACAUCGGCUUCCCCGGUGAGCUGCUAAUCCGGCUGCUGAAGAUGAUCAUCAUCCCCCUGGUUGUGUGCAGUCUGGUGUCCGGGGCGGCCAGCAUUGACCCUAAAGCCCUGGGCAAGCUGGGCGGCUGGGCCAUGCUGUUCUUUCUGGUCACCACGUUAAUAGCGUCCUCCAUCGGGGUGGUGAUGGCGUUCAUCCUAACCCCGGGGUCGGUGUCGAUCACCAAACCCAAAGUACAAGGCAUUGAUGACGAGGUGCCCGCCGCCAAAGAAGUGAUAGACUCCUUCUUAGAUCUGAUCAGAAACAUCUUUCCCUCCAACCUGGUGUCUGCUGCCUUUCAGUCAUAUGCAACCAGCUACAAGCUGGUCACCAGGAAUGGCACAGAUGGAAACCCUAAUAUCACAGUGGAAAAGGUGCCCUUUGGAAUAGACCAGGACGGCAUGAAUAUUCUUGGUCUGGUAGUGUUCGCCAUUGUGUUUGGUGUGGCUUUGAGGAAGCUGGGAGAGGAAGGGGAGAUCCUCAUCAAGUUCUUCAACUCCUUCAACGAGGCCACCAUGGUGCUGGUCUCCUGGAUCAUGUGGUAUGCCCCUCUUGGUAUCAUGUUCCUUGUAGCUGGCAAGAUCGUUGAGAUGGAGGAUGUUGGCACGCUGUUUGCCAGUCUGGGAAAAUAUAUAGCCUGCUGUAUCAUCGGACAUGCCAUCCAUGGCCUUCUUGUGCUGCCGGCCAUCUACUUCAUCAUUACAAGGAAAAACCCAUACACCUUCCUCUGGGGGAUAUUCACAGCCCUGGCAACGGCCUUCGGAACAAGCUCCAGCUCUGCCACUCUGCCCCUGAUGAUGAAGUGUGUGGAGGAAAACAACGGUGUAUCCAAGCACAUCAGUCGCUUCAUCCUCCCCAUCGGAGCGACGGUCAACAUGGAUGGAGCCGCUCUCUUCCAGUGCGUGGCUGCUGUUUUCAUCGCUCAGCUGAACAAUUAUUCCCUCAACUUCAUCCAAGUCAUUACCAUCCUUGUGACAGCUACAGCGUCCAGUGUUGGAGCAGCAGGUAUACCUGCUGGUGGUGUGCUGACCCUAGCCAUUAUCCUAGAGGCAGUAGGACUGCCAACCAAUGACAUCUCUCUCAUCCUGGCUGUUGACUGGCUUGUUGACCGUACCUGCACAGUGCUGAACGUAGAGGGCGACGCCUUUGGAGCCGGACUCUUGCAGUUCUUCGUGGACCGCACGUCCAAACAAGAGGAGGUAGCAGAGCUGAGCGAAGUCAGGCCGGGGGGAGACUCAACAGUCCCUCCCCCCGAGUACUCGCCGCUCAUUGAGAAGCGAGGUAGGAAGGACGAUGCAGAAGGCGCUAUGGCUGUUUUAUCAGAGUCUGUCAUGUAAUCCAGCUGCUGACAUCAACAGUGACCCUCUCACUUAUUUGACACUCCUGCAAACUGAAACCUGAGGUUCGAGCCCCCUUUUCCUUUUUUCUUCUGUCGUGAAGAAAGGAUGACGCACAUGCACGCUAAUCUACAAUGCAAAGAAAAGCGUUCUGUCCUCCACACAAAAAAUUGAGGGGGAAAUUUAAAAUCCUUAUUAUGCACAGUGACUUUUGUUUCCUUUUUUGAGUUACAGUAUUGACUUGAAACAAAUGUUGGCUACAUUUGGUUGGUCCUCAUCACUUUUAAAAGUCAAUUGUAUCAUGUGGCCAAUGUGUGUAAACCAGAUGUUCAUCAGUUUAUCAGGUGAUCAAUAUAUACAUCCACUGGGACAUCAAUAGGCUUGACCAGUGUACAUAGGGUAUGAGUAAUGUCAGAUCUAAUUUUACAAAUAGAAGAAAUUUUACAUUUAUUUAUGAUGGAGAAAUAGAAGUAAGCUGUAUUUCUGUAUCGGCCCACUUUUACCAAUUUUUACACUCAAAGGUUUCACAGAACCUGCAUAAGUGAACACGAGUAUGAAAAUUUGCGAGUUAUUAAGUUGACGAGGACCACCAUACAGUUUGCAGCACCCAGUCUCCAUUAGCAAGAAAACCUUUAUUUUUUAAUUUUUUUUUUUUAUAUAUUCUCCAUUUGGAAUCCGUUACCUUCAAAAUGGUUUUGUUACUGUCACCUUUUUUUUUGUUUUUUUUUUUUGUUGUCUUUUGCAUUCAACUUUGUCAGAACUGAAUCUCUGUACAGAAAUAGGACGACAUAUGUUGUGAAAUGUAUCAUUAUAUGCUUUGAAUAUAUACAUACAUUUGUGUAUUUUGUUAUAUAUGAUCAUGGCCACUUUCAUGCAGAUUUUAUAUAAUGUAUUUAAAUAUAGAUCUUGUAUAUGAUUUGACAUGUGUUAACUAUGUUCUGUAUGUUCUGCAUGAAAACAGCUGUGAUAUGACAAAACACACAAACAGUAUGCAUUUAUUCUUUUUAUAGAUUUUUUUUUUAUUUUUUUAUCAAGGGUUUUUUUAUUAAUCUGUUGUCUGUGGGUACUCAUGCCAAGGAUUCUCUUGCAUACAAUUCCUUUCUCUUGAGAGAAUAGGCUAUAUUUAUGUUCCUUAGCACACCAAAUGAAAAUGAUAUCCUCAACAACGUCCCAAAGCUGAAUGAACUAGUCCUCAAAGACUGUUUUGACUAUGCAUGGACACAGCUUGACCUCCCAUCUCCAGAUGGACCUCAGUUCAGUGGCAGGCAAUGUAACCUCAGGUCUAACUGUAGCUUGAAGACUCCUUCAACUGCUCCUUAAUAUUCCGAGACCAAAAAUCACACUGAUCCGGCAAACGGGAAGCAGACUGUUUGAACUCCUGACACUCCUUUUCAAGGAGAGAUGCUGCUCUGUAGGUCCUAAGAUCUCAGCAAGGUGCAAAUGGGUUUUAUGGCACAGUAUGUGACGAGAAGCACAGUCUGUGUGGUGUGAGUACAUGUGCUAUGUAAGUAAAAGGUCUUUUCACUACAAGGAUGUCUCUACAUGGUCAGAAUAGCAGCAGUGGAAUGCUGGUUUGUUUUGACUGUUAUAGCCUGAACACCUAAAGGACUUCAGUGAAAAUAAGCAAAACCUAUUUUGUGUUUGGCUGGGCCAUAAAAUUAAAGUACUACUUUAUAUGGGCUUGUAUGUCAUCGUUGAUGCCUCGGAUAAUUAUUUGUGAUCAUACAUAUUUAUUUCCCUAAUCAAAAUCCAAAGAAAGUUUUAGCCAAUGUUUUUGAAAUGUUAGUAACUACAAAUGUUUUGUCUUUCUUGCCAGUGUCUUCUUGUAAUAACUGGUUGCUGAUUGCUUUUUUUGUUGUUUAAAAAAAAAAAAAAAAGUUUUGGUCUUAUUUGGGGUGAGAGUCCUAUACUGUGUGUACAGUGUGCUUCCAUUUGGUGAUUUUUCUUUUGCAGUUUGGCAGAGGGCCUUUGGGGAAACGUCAAGAAACCCCAAUAGUUAUACACUCUAUUUUAAAAUCCAACAGACAUUAUGCAACAGAUGCUGUAUCUGUAUGUACAAUCAACAGUACAGGGGCACUAUUGAAUGUUUAUCUCUUCCAUCCAUAUCAUGUUUAAUCGUUGAAGGCUCUACCAAAUGUCUGGGGAAUAUGCUACUCCAUUUUAAAAUAGGAAAUGUAUGAGCAUUUAUGAUCUCUUCAGUUGGUUCCAGUCUGUUUUCCAGGGUAUCCCAAACUGCCGGCCCGGAGGCCAUUUCAAGCCCUCCAUCCAUGAUGUUAAAAAUAUAACAAAAUCCGGCCAUAAUUGUUUUUUGUUUUUUAGUUUCAUAUCAAUUAAUACGAUUCAAAUAAAAACGGUUUUAUUUUUUAUUUCUAUUUUUCUAUUUGAAAAAAUGUAUUUUGUCUGGUGCACAAAUAACAGCAGAGGUCAAAAGGUUGGUAAGCAGAGAGCAGGUUUUGGGCUUUAUUUGUUGUUUGGCUGCAAACAGUAGAGAUUAUUUGAAAUGAUAUAAGAAUGUAUAGAAACUUCUGUUUUAAUUUUUUAGGUACGAUGUUCAGUAAUGGAAAUAUUUUCAGAAUAUUGUGCUUUUCUGUAGUACUUGAACAUUGAAGUGGCUCUCCUAUGAGAUGACAACACGAGCAGUGGCCCCAAGCCAGUUCGAGUUUGAGCCCCCAACUGUUUUCUUUAUCAGCUUUAUUUUGUACUAGUUUUUGCAGUAUUCUCCUCAUUUCUGCAGUCUUAUGGCAUGAGAGUGCUAAAAAAUGUUGCUUCAAACACAGCUCUUGUGCGUCGGUUUCUACUUCAUGCCUUUUUGGUGCAAGGUUGUAAAGAUGUUAAGACAUUAACAUUCCUUUUUGAGAUCUUUCACCAUGUGGAUGUCUGGUUCGAUCAUUGUAUUUGUCAGUAGGUUUAAACAAUAAAGGCCUUUUUUUAUUA